UUUGGCUCCAUCAGUCGAAUUCUUCCAGUGGCCUGAAGGCAAAAGUGUGAUUCUUAAUCGAAAAAAAAGGAAAAAUGAUUCUACCCGCGGUGUUCCUGUGCUUAAUUUCCAUCUCCCUGGCAUCGGACGAAGGAGCGUGCUACGUCACCAGUGAGAUGGAGGAUGAAUGCGGGUCGGUCUUCUACCCCAUCGUCAAGCCCCUUCUCAGAUACUUUGAGGUUUGCCAGACGAAGGAUCGGAAGAACGCAGAGCUGCAGGACUCACUGGAUGAACUUAACCUCAAGUACUCAAAAUUGCUAGACAAACAUUUGGCAUCUCAGGAUAAGUGUAUUGACGUUGCACUCAAAUACGCAGAGAUCCAGGAAAAGUUUCAGCAAAGAGGCCCAAAUGAAACCAAUUCGAAAAAUGAAGAACUUCAGAAUAAGCUAGUUGAAGUGAAUCGUCAGAAUGCGAGGCUGGAGGAACAGAGUCAGAAUAAAGAUGUGGAGCUCCGAAGUCUUAGGGCACAAAUAGCUCAACAAGCUGCUCUAAUCACUCGGUUGCAGGACCAAACCUCUGAACUCGGCAAGCUGAAGGAUCUUUUCAGGGAAGAGAUAGCAAAGUUGCGGGAAGUUGUGAAAAGUGGAAGUGGAACUGAACCCAAUGAGGCAGAAAAGAAUGCGACUAUUGUGGAAAGUGAAGAACUGGUAAAAAAUGAAGCUACGAAUACUACUCAGUCCAACGCAACUCAAGUUAAAAAUCUUCCAGAUCGGUGUCCAUCAAGACAGAAUACAUAUCGGGUCUACCCAAAAAUCCAUUUCCCAGGAUUAGAACCUUUUCAAGUGUGUUGCUACUCAGAUGGGGAAUUUGGAUCUGGAUGGAUGGAGGUUUUUAGUAAAUAUUAUAAAUCAACGAAAUCGAAUCAAACAUAUGAUCAGUAUUUAAACGGAUUUGGAGAUGUGGAGGAGGAACACUUCAUUGGACUUGAAAAAUUACACAUUUUAACGAGCCAGAAGCCGCAUGAGGUGUAUAUUUUCUAUUAUUAUGACAGAAGUUAUAAAGUAAGAUGCGAGAACUUCGUUGUGGGCGACUGGAGCGAAGGUUACAGCCUGAAACAGAUUGACGGCUGUAGAGGAGAUACUUCCUUCUUCAAUCUCACUCAGGGAACAAAGUUCUCGACAUUCGAUCGCGAUCAAGAUGGAAAUUCGUAUCACAAUUGGGCACAGGAAUGGGGCCAUGGAUUCUGGUUUAGUUCCGAAAAGCCAAUGUGGGAUAGAAGGUCAGAAUUGCUUUUAUUUAUCCGAAGGAAGGAUUGAAGAUCUCCCAAGCAACCUCCUUCAGAAGUGGAAUUCGGAAAUUGAAAAAUGAUGUCUGGAAUUUGGAAAUUUACCUAAUAUUAUGAAGUUUUAUUUAUAAAUUGAACAUGAUUGAAUAUCUUAAAUAUAUAUUUCUUAAUACAUAUUUAGUUGAAUAUGAGUCAGAAUUCGUGAAACCGAUCACUAAAAAUGAGUCGGUUUUGUUUUUCAAAUUAAAUGUGGUCAAUGUGUAGCUCGUAAGCAGUAAAAGUAAUUCCCAAAAUAUAAUUUCCAAAAAAAAUUUAUUAUGCUAGUUAUUGACAUAAACAAUUUCUUGACAUUUUUUUUUCGUUUCGCUAUAUCUCAUAAUCUAUUCGCUCAAAUGGAAUGAACUUUUCACAGCUUUUUACUAUUUUGUCGUAGUUUAUAAUGAAAUUUUUGUCAAAGCGAAUUCUUUUUUAUUUUUUUAUUUAUAAAUGUUUAUUUAAACAAAGUUUUUGCAAAAUAUCGUUCUGGAGCAUCAAAAAUUCUGAAAAAAAUUAUAAAUAUUCUAUAGGUCUUAUUUAUUAACAUAUAAAAAUUUCAAAGUGUGCGGAUUUUUUGUUCAGAAGAUACGAUAGUUUGAACUUAGCGCUGCACGCGUAGCGUCUUUGAGUGCGAGAGCUAGCACUAAACAAAAACUCUUAAUUUCAUGACCGCCCUGGAAGUAGUGUGUGCUAGCGCUUGCACUCAAAGACGCUACGCGUGCAGCGCUAAGUUCAAACUAUCGUAUCUUCUGAACAAAAAAUCCGCACACUUUGAAAUUUUUAUAUGUUAAUAAAUAAGACCUAUAGAAUAUUUAUAAUUUUUUUCAGAAUUUUUGAUGCUCCAGAACGAUAUUUUGCAAAAACUUUGUUUAAAUAAACAUUUAUAAAUAAAAAAAUAAAAAAGAAUUCGCUUUGACAAAAAUUUCAUUAUAAACUACGACAAAAUAGUAAAAAGCUGUGAAAAGUUCAUUCCAUUUGAGCGAAUAGAUUAUGAGAUAUAGCGAAACGAAAAAAAAAUGUCAAGAAAUUGUUUAUGUCAAUAACUAGCAUAAUAAAUUUUUUUUGGAAAUUAUAUUUUGGGAAUUACUUUUACUGCUUACGAGCUACACAUUGACCACAUUUAAUUUGAAAAACAAAACCGACUCAUUUUUAGUGAUCGGUUUCACGAAUUCUGACUCAUAUCUUAACUUGACAUGUUAACACCUAAUUUGGUUUAGGUUCUGGCUUAUUAUUUGUUAUAACCACAAA